AUGGAUACAACUGCUAUCGCUGUGAUAGAGAUGGGCGAGGUGGUGGGGUUGCAGUCUUUCUCAUCAGAUUAUUCAUCAAAGAGUGCAAAGUUCAUGGCUAGUGAGCUGAAUGGGAUUCUGUUUUUAUUAAACAAGAAUCAGAUAUCAAAGAAAGAGAACGUGAACUGGAAGCGUCAGUCUGUCCGAGGAAAAUCACGAAAAAAAUCUAGCGAGCAACUUAAAAAAAGGGCUCCACCAGGGUCCCUCUUUGCCUUACAUCCAUCUGGGUGGAUCCAAAUGGGCUUGUUCACCCAAUGGUUCGACCAUUUCUUAGAGCACACCAAACCCACUCAAGAAAGUCCUAUAUUGCUGUUAUUAGAUGAGCAUCAUACUCAUACCAGAAAUUUGGAUGUCAUUCUGAAAGCUAAGGAACAUUUUGUGUCGAUUAUUUGUUGGCCUCCUCAUACGACGCACAAAAUGCAACCGCUCGAUAAGACUGUAAUGGGUGCUCUGAAAACUGAUUACAGUGAAGAAGUUAGAGUUUUUAUGAGAACGACUAACAGAUCGAUAACUCAUUUCGACAUAUGUGAGUUAUUCGGAAAUGCCUAUUUAAAAAUCCAGACAGGAGAGAGAGCAGCGAAAGUCUACAGUGCUACUGGAAUUUAUCCAGUUAAGCGAAAUAUCUUUUCAGAACAAGCCUUUAUAGCAGAAAUUGCUUUAAAGCAGAAAGAAAAGGUUGUAAGAAGGAUUGAUGAUGACACAUCAGGACCUAGUGGCAUCAGGUCCAUGCCCAAGAAAAUAUGCAAAAGACGAAAGCCAACAACGUCAAGUUCAGAAUCACAACAUUCAUCCGACGACAAUUUCCCGCUGGCCAAGUUAGUUGGGAAAAAAUCCAGAGCAAGCGAUCAAGAUUCUUCGGACGAUGAUAUUCCCGUAGCCUAUUUGGCUUCUAAAGAGCCUAACUCAGAUGUGAUUUGUAUUUUCUGUGAAGAAUUAUUUUCUAAAAUUCUGCAUAAUGCCCCCGAGACCACUCAGCACAAUCCGGGAAAGUCAAUAGAAUCUAGACAAAAGAACGGGGAGAUAAAAACGACAAUUCCCCUGAAGUUCUUGGGAAGAAGUUGGCGUAAAGCAGUCAUCACAUUAAAACCAGGAGGACGGACGUUACUUGAUUACGUUCAUUUCAACUUCAUUACAAUACUAGCAGCUUGCCUCUUUUUCCACAGCUCAGCUGAAACGCCAAAAUCACAAACCAAAAUUCCAAAAUAUAUAGCUUAUAGGUUAGUUUUUCGGCAAGGUGACAAAGGAAAAUGCUGGUAUGCGGUGAUGUCAGGCAGCGUCGAAGUGCGCGUCAGCAGAUCCGACACAGCUGAUCCAAAGACACAAAUACUAACGACGAAAAAGAAGCAGGUUUUAAGGAACAAAAUCAGCAACCGCACGAAAGGCCAUAUGAUUAAGUCAUCAGUACAUAGCUGUUUUCUUUAUGACUGCGAAGUUUGGACCCUCAAUGCCAGACUGCGAAAUCGAACUGUAGAGAAUAGGUACUACAGAAGAUGUUGUGAUGUCACCAACCGAUAUACUUCGCCCACUAAUGAAAGUAGAAAAUACAGUAACAGACGAAAAGAAAUCUUGAUACGGCCAAACGAAACUGAUGACACAGGAAAGAUUACCAGUGAAAGUUUCUGA